UGAAUAUUAAGGAUAAAAAAAAUAUUGGAUUCGAGUCAUUUGUAUAAUUAUCCACCUAUUUUUUCAAACUUCAACAAAUUUUGUUUUGCGCAUGCUUGCAAAUUUUCUAUAAGCUUGUCUGAUCGAUAGAAGCGCUUCUCCUACAUGCUACGGUCAUGUUGGAAAAUACUGCAGUCUGUUCUGAACAGUCUUCGUGUUAGUGCAUCUAUCACAAAGUGACCAAAUAUUGAGAUUAUAAUAAUAUUAAAUCUCGAAAAAUCGAAGAACCUCAAUUAAUCUAAUUUACUUGAAUCAGUCAGAAAUCUACGAAUCUAAAUGUCUCUAGAACAAUCAUCUCAUCUCAGUCGGUGGGAAAGUACGGAGUAUCCUCAUUUAGAUCAAACUUGGCUCCAUAGAAUUUAUCCAGAUGUUCAGAUUUCAAAAACGCGUGUGUACGUAUCUAAGACUCCGAUGAAAUACUACAGGCCAUGGGAUGAUCUCCUGCGUAAAGGAGAUGGGGGUCUAUCAGUCGUGUUUCCUUACAAAAACAAAUUCCAUGUGGAUUUAGACAUGCAGGAAUUCGCACCUGAAGAAAUCAAUGUUAAAGUCGUAGACCGUUUUGUCACUGUUGAAGCAAGUCAUGAAGAAAAGGAAGAUGAAUAUGGUUGGAUCUCCAGACAGUUUACGAGGAGAUACAUAAUUCCAGAACAGUGCGAUGUCGAUCAAGUUUCCUCGAAACUUUCAUCGGACGGCGUUCUUUCGAUCAUUGUAUCACGCAAGCAAAAAUUAACUUUCGAUAGCGGAAGGGUAAUUAAAAUCGAGCAGACCGGUAUACCGUCUGUAUGCGUCAUACAGAAAGAAGAAAAGGAAGAAAAGGAAGAAAACGAAGAAAAGGAAGAAAACAAGGACAAGGAGGAGGAGGCGCAGGAAAAUUGAAGCUCAGCACCGAGUGAUAUACCGACUUGUAUUACCUUAUUCUUCGAUACUAUUUGUAGCUCCUAUCGCGAGUAUUUAUUUGGUGUUUAUAUCAGCGAAAUGCUUUAAGCAAAAUCAGCGAAAAAAUAUAUAUGUUUGUUAACAUAUAUCCUGAUUUGUAUUAUUCGAAUGAAUAUUCAUUAAAUUACACGUACUGGAAUUAAUAAGUUGUCCUAUGUAACGUAUGUAUGAAAGUAAGUAAGCAAGUAGCUCAACUGCUGUAUGUGUCUUGCAGGCAACAGAUCAGAUAUUAUGAGAGAUUCAUUUUAUUUUAAAGGUAAUGUAAGUAUCAUUUAUAUCAAUUAUUUGGUGGAAGCAAUUGAAAAUGAUAAUUUCGUUUAAAAUUUUAAUCAUCUUUAAACGAACUAUUAGUUGUUCUACUCAAUCAAUAUUAUCUCUAAAGGAUAUUAACAGUAAUACCAAUUUUAGAUGUAUCUGUAUUAGGAAAUUACCGAAUAGGAAAUCAUAUCCUAUCGAAUAUGUAAUACUCUCAUGAUUAAUAGAGACUGCAUUUAUGAUAUGUGUAUAUCUAUGCAUGUAUGUGUGGUAGGUGUAAAAGAAGGUUAAGUUCAAACAUUAAUGAUAAUUUAGCUGACGAUGCAAUGUUGUUAGCAGGAAAUAUAGAACAAUUAUGCUUUUUGUGUUCUUAAAAUUUACCAAUAAAAUGUAUGAAAUAAAAAUAAAAAAACUAUAAAUAAUUAAGUAUGGUAUUUAUUGAUCUAAGGUUUACAUAUAAACCGAUCUGAGAUUAGACUGCCGUCUCAUGCUUACAAGUACCCGCAGCAUCUUGCUAAGUAUCUGAGUCAAAUUUUAGUCCAAAAAAACUUUCUAGCUAGAUCUCGCCCUAUCCCACCGGAAUUUUACCAAUCCGUCCCGAUCCCAUAAACUUAGGUACCCGCACACUCCUAAUUGUAAGAUAAAGAAGUAUUUUAUUUUAUUCUUUCCUGCCUUACUGAGAAAUAUAUUAGAACUAAAUUAAAUAAUUACAAGAGAUAUAAACGUUGUUUUGUAUUUUUAUCCCGUUAAAUUUCAUUGAAAUGGUUUUGUAAACUGAAUUAAAAACAUUUGUAUUUGUCUUUUUGUAAAUAUAAAAUAGAAUAAUAAAUACAUCGUCGUUAACACUACUACUUUUGAUACUAAUGAACGUCACAAAUGAUAACAUACCUAAUUAAAACUAAAACAUAAAUUUUCAUGGAUUUUACGUACGUAUAUUGUACACUUAAAUAUAAAUGACUUAUAUUGUUUUUGUUAUGAUCUAAAAUUUUCAAAGAAUUCGGAACUGUUCGUGACUAAUUUUAAAUUCAUGACAUAGCAUAUCAAAUACAUACACAUAUCAAGUUUAUGACUCAUAACAAGUUACUUAUGUGUGUAUUGCGUAAUAUAUUCGAUUACACGAAAUUGCACAAAUAUGUACAAUCAUACAAAAUACGUAUGAAUUUUACAU